UAAAACGGAAGUAGGACUACAGUCACGACAACGGCAACACACAUUUCUCAUUGUAUGUUUUCUGUAGGAGUCCAGCUGUUAAAACAUCCAGCGUUUAAGUAUGGGUAUAGAGGCGUGGUACAUGGACAGCUAUGAAGAAGACCAAAGAAAACCGCACAGACAGAAUCCAAACCAGCCUGUUUCCUUGGACGAAUUGAAAAAGCUUGGGGUAUUUUACUGGAAGCUGAAUGCUGAUAUCUAUGAAACAGACCCAGAGCUGGAGAAAAUCCGCAGAGACCAAGGCUACACCUACAUAGACAUCAUCACUAUUCACAAGGAUACACUACCCAACUAUGAAGAAAAGCUGAGGAUGUUCUUUGAGGAGCACCUGCACUUGGAUGAUGAGAUCCGCUACAUUCUGGAUGGCCAGGCUUACUUUGACGUCAGGGACAGGGAGGACCGAUGGAUCAGAAUUGCCAUGAACAAAGGAGACUUGAUCACCCUACCAGCUGGCAUUUACCACCGCUUCACUCUGGAUGAGACUAACUAUACUAAAGCCAUGAGGCUUUUUGUGGGGGAGCCUGUGUGGAAGGCUUACAACCGUCCAGCUGAUGAAUUUGAUAUCCGUCAGAAGUACGUGGCUUCUCUGCAGGGAUCCUGAGAGAGAGAUACAACAAACAUCAUCAUCUAUGGAUUGGAUUCCAUCACGGUCUCUAAUGUGAUUCUGCCUGGCCAAUAAAGCGGGUUUUCAGUUAGAAUGUUGAGAAACAUAUUCUGUAGGGUGAUUGAGAUCAUGAUCAUGUCAUGCACUAAAAUGGUUUUUAGUGGUAAAUUAAAUGAUGUAGCCUACAUUUAGAAAGUCUUGGUGGAAAUCUAGAUAAUUGCAGUUGCAAUGAGGUCUACCUCUAACAGCUAGAUUGAAAUGCUGCUUAAAUAUCUGUCAAAAAAAGGCAAGUAUAUAAUACAAUAAAUAGCAAUGAGUAUUUCUGUUUUUGAUAGAUUAGUACAAUAUGCUAUUAUACUUAUGGUUGUUUACUCAAGUGAAAUUUUGAAUGCAGAACUUUAAAUUCUAAUAAUUAGUACUUUGCUGCUUUUACUCAAAGGUCUGAAUACUUCUUCCACCACUGGGCAAUUUGUAGUGCCUUAUGCUUAUUUUGUAUGUUAGGCAUUGUCAAACCUAGCUUCAGCAGAAUGUUAGAAAAAUGAAGAAAGUAGCAUUCUCCAUUGUCAUAUUGAAAUGUCUCUAAAUUAUUAGUUUUUGAUGGUAACUGAAUGCGAGUGAAUGUUCUGCAAACCUUUUAUUCAACUGAAAAUAAACUGCUGCUAUUA